UCUCGAAUAUAAUUUUUUCUUUGUAUUCUUAAAUGGAUCAUAACUGAAUUCUAAUUGGAUUAUCAUUUUUCUUUGUAGGUGAAUUAUUUAGAAUUGGGCGGUGAACUUGAACAGCCAAUUUGCCCAGCUCAGAAAAGGUUAAGGUUUCGUAAUUUGGAAUUUAGCGGAAGUCUGAAAUAUGUGGAUUAAUUGGUUGUUUUUCAUGGAUUAGGUUGGAGGAGGGUCUCCAUAUAUUUUUCCAAUAGAGCCGUUUAUAUCUAAUGGUUUGGGAGCUCAUUUGUUUUCACAGUUUAGUUCAUUGGUUGACAGCUCUUUGUACAUUUCUAAAUACUUGCAUGAACCUGGUAGUCUUGCAUUUCGAGAAGCUUUUAGUUGCAUGUCCAAGUUUGCGAAUGCAUUACUGUUUUGGUUCUCUAGUACUUCGACUUCGAAUUUGAGUAGGGAUAUCUCGGUUGGUAAUCAACGUGGUUUGAAAUCUGGAGGUUGUAGGUCUUCAGCUCAGGUUAAGCACAUUGCUUCUUGUAAGAAUAAUCUUGCUGGAUUUCACUUUGCUUCUGAAUCAAGAGGACAAUCUGCCACCCCACUUGUUUUGGAUAAAAUUUCAAGUUAUGCAAUGAAACACUUCCUUGGAGAAGCGGAAGCUCUCCACUCCUCUCUUCUGUUGUCAUUAGCUGCUGCUCUCAUACCACCAUUUGAUAACUUAUCUUCGAAGUUACUAGCUGUUCUCCUGGAAAACACAAAAGUUGAAAUGCAAGAGUGCAUGGAUCGAAGGAUUUGUCAAGUUGGGAUUCUCAUAGGCACCUUUGUUGAAAUUUUAAACGAACUGAUUUUAAGGUUUUCCAUAGGUUAGGCAUGGGAUUCGCAUCGAAAAACGUCAUCGGGCCAACUUGAAUAGUCACAAUGGGAAUGCACAUCACUUUAACAUAAUCUGGCCAUCUUUGACAUGUUGGGGUUUUCUGGUUUCUUCUUCCAAUAACUUAAACAAUGUCUCAAUGCUUUCAUGUGCUUGUUGCUACUGGAUGAAGAACCAUGAAGAUAAUCAAAAUUAAGUCUCUGAAUGUGUAUGCAUUUGGUUUUUGUAAGUACUUGUGGAUUUUGCU